GCAGAUGGAAGCCUAAGCUCUCUCCCUCACCACCAUGUGGACACCGGUAUGGGAUUUGAAAGACUGGUUGCUUUUCUGCAAAACAAGAGCUCAAACUAUGACACAGAUCUUUUUCUGCCUCUUUUUAAUUCUAUAUCAAAGGUGGCAAAAGCUGCUCCAUUCCGUGGUAAGUUUGGAGUGCAAGAUGAAGGAGGUGUUGACACUGCCUACCGAAUACUGGCAGACCACAGCCGUAUGGUCACAGUGGCAGUAGCAGAUAACAUGUUCCCAGACACCAACCAUAAAUUAAGGAGAGUGCUUAGGAAAGCAUUAUUGGUUGCAGAAGACUCAUUUAAGAUGAAGAAUCCAGCAAAGUUGGUGAAAGAAGUUUGUAACUGUGUAGCAGAAAUUUUGUCACCCACCUACCCGGAAAUCGGAAUAAACUUGAAUAAGGUUCACCUGGUUGUAGACCAUGAGUGGGAAGUACUGCAAGUGGUGAGGGGCGGGGCAGCGGCGACAUGGCGCAGUGUGGUGCAGCAGGACUCUCGUGUGGCGCAACUAUCGGACUGCAUGGCGCCAGGUCUGACUGCGGCAUACAGAGAACUGAGUAGUCUCCCCGCACACUCUCCCGUGGCUGGAGACUUAGCCUUCCGCCUCUACGAUACCCAUGGUCUCCCCCCAGACCUCAUAGAAGAGCUGAGCCAAGCCCUUGGUCUAGAAUUCGAUGAAAACGCGUUCAAUGCAACACUAGUUGAGGCAAAAGCAAGAACUUUACAAUCUGCAAAGCCAUCGGAGAACGCAGUCGUCUCCAAUUCUUGCUUAGAACGGUUGAAGCAGACCAUCCCGCCCACAGAUGACACUGCAAAAUACAAUUACUGUUGGUCAGUGAAAGAUGGCUAUGUGUUCCCGAAAGUGGAUAGUGUGGUGCAGGCAGUGGUGAGGGGUGGAGAAGUGGUGAGUGAGGCCAGGGUCGGGGAGAGAGUGGGGCUAGUGGUGGAUCGGACGUGUCUGUACCAUGCCGCAGGAGGACAGGCUGCUGACAGAGGGUUGCUGGAAGGGGAGGGGUGGACUAUGGACUGUGACACACUGCUGAGUUGUGGAGAGUACCUCGUUCAUUUUGGCACUCUCAGGGGGACGGAAGAGGUGAAAGUGGCGAGUGGGUGUCCAGUAAGUGUGUGGGUGGAAACGGCCAGGAGGCUGGCACACAUGAGGAGCCACACGGCCACCCACUGUCUAAACGCGGAGUUACACCGCAUGUUCGUAGCCACGCAUCAGACUGGCAGCUCUGUCACCGAGGACCACCUUACUUUUGAUUUUGCCACUUACGGGCAACACUUCAACAAGGAACAUGUUAUGGAGCUGGAGAGAAAAGUCCAGGAGGUGAUAAAGUCGAGGUUGCCAGUAAGGAGGACCACAGUCUCCAGUAAUGAGCUGACCCUCCUGGACAAUGUGACACUCCUGCCAGGGGAAACCUACCCUUCAGAGGGCAUCCAUCUCAUCCAGAUAGAAAGUGACCACUUUGUCUCCAAAGAGGCCUGCUGUGGGACUCAUGUUCUCAACACUGCAGACAUCCAGGACUUCUGUGUCAGUUCGGUCAAAAGCCAAGGAUCGGGAGUCAAGUCGCUGAUGGCUGUGACCGGUGCGACCGUGCAACAGGUUCGGCAGGAUGGUCAGGCAGUCUUACGUGAUGUUGCUGCAGUGCGUGAGGAUAUCAGUACUGCGGCGAGUGACAAUAACACGAAGUUGGAAGAACUGGAGAGUUCAUUGCAGUCAAUGAAAAGGCAAACAACAGAGCUUUUGAUACCUUAUGCUGACCGUGUAGAAGCAUUGUCACAAUUGGAAUCUGCAGCCAAAUCUUUGAAGGAAUCUGCCAGAGUGACUCUGAGGCAGACUGUGGAGAAGGAAAUUAAAGAAGUACUAAAAUCAAUAGCUGAUGACACUGGAUGCCAGUUCCUGGUGUACUGUCUGCAGACAACUUCUCAGCUGGACAGCAUCCCCCUGCAGAAGGUGACCAGGAUGUGUCCUCUACACCUGCCUGUUCUUAUAUUCGCCUACGCUGAGGGCCAACUCAAAGCUAGAUGUUGUGUACCUCAGGCUAGGGUAUCACAUAAUGCCAAUGCUGAGACGUGGAUGAAGCCUGUGGUGGAUGUAGUAGGGGGAAGUGGCGGGCCACCACGAGGUCAAGAUCCCCGCCUCGUCUUCAAUCUGAAACCCAUUCACAUCCCUCCUUCUGAUGUUGAUAGAAUCGUCAAGCUGGCUCUAACUGAAGCCAAUCAAAUGGCAAUUAAACUAUUUAAUGAUUAACUGUAGCUUAA